GACAUAAUUUAACCUAUAAAACUUCCGCCUGCCCAUUCGUAUGAUAUAUCGAGGGGUUUGAAUGUGUUUCGUCUAAUAAAUAUGUUUUCGCAGUUCGGACGUGAAGCUAUUUAUCAUGUUUCGGUGUAUUUUUCAGCGCUAGUGGCGCCCCUGGCGGUGGAAAUGGGUACUGUGUGUAAAAGCUCUCGCCCGUUGAUCUUUUGUUUGCCUUUCAGUUGAGAUGACGUUUGACAUUCUGAAUAGUAGUUGUGCGCCCGUCUCGCUCACUCUACGAAAAUAAAAUGAGAUACAUGUAGUCUGUAACUAGGUACUCGACAAUCAUAAGGUACACGAAUGGAUAUUAUUAUAGUGAACAAAAGGUACUUCUAAGAGAGAUUAUAAAAUCGUAUUUAGGAAUACUAAAUAACAAAUCUUUAGAAACUGCCACGAAUGAGGCUAAAAAGAGAGCGUGGGUGGAAAUUACCAAAAAAUUCAACUCUAUAUGUUACAAAAGAAAAAGGACUACACAACAAAUUAGGAUUCAGUGGAAAAAAAUGAAGAUGUUAAUUAAAAAACAAAUGAGUGCAGCGGGCAAACGUAGUGAACAAAGUGACUCGGGAUUGGAGAUUCUUGAAACACAAGAAACUACAGAUAAUAUAAUAGAUUUAGAAAAUCUGAAAGUUGAAUCUGUAAUUUAUGAUACUGAUUGUGAAGAGGUUACAAAUCCACUGGAGGACUCAAACCCAGUCACUGAAACUGUUAUAACUUCUAAACCUACUCGCCAAGAGACUCCCAACAUUGAAGUGGAAUUUGAAGUGCUAGAUGCUUGCUCCUCUUCAACACAAACUGAUCAUGACUACGUGACUUUACACAAUAAAAUCAAUUUUUCUGAAAAUCACUACGAAGACAUGAGAUAUUAUAGAGACAUGGAGAAUAAUAGACUGGAGAAGGAACACUUAUUGAGAAUAAGAACGAUGCAAGACCAGCACAAUCAACUGAUGAAGAAUCUACGGUUACAGGAAGAAAUAUUGAGAAGGCAGCUUAAAAAAAUUGGUUAGUUGUAACCUACUCGAUGUUCUCGGCAGAAAAUCGGGAGAUCGAGUAUCUUUUUACCAUUGUGUGGCAAAACGGUGAGGAAUUAUAGUUUAUCGAGUUUCUAAGACGUAAGAUGUUAUAAACUUAUAAAUGUGGUUCAAAUGGAUUUUUGAGUAAAAGUAGAGAGAGAGAGAAUCAGGUACCUAUGUGCUGACCAUUUCACUUGUAGUUUUAUGCAAAACGAAUUGUAUACAGGGUGUGUCGUUCAUAAUCACAUUAAAUUCUAUCGCAUAUACUUAAUGAUAUUCUAUGGCGAAUUGUCAAAAAAACAACCUAAUCCAUUCAGUGAUUUAACCACAGGAGUCAUUUUUCGUUUUUAUAAUUUACAACAUCAUGUGUAAAGCAGCGAUAAAGUUAGGAAUAUCGAAAGUUUUGAUCAGUUGACAGCUGUCAGUUUUCAAGGGAGAAUUUCAGUUGUUUGUAAUGACUGACUUUUAUAUGGUGUUCUAAUUUUCGCACAUUUUUAUCUUAUUUACUUUGUUUGAAAAAAUCAUUUUUUUUAUUUUAACGUAUUUUUCUUUUUUCUCUGUGUUAGUCGACAUGUAUUAACCAGUAUAUUAACGCAUUUCAUUUAAUGUGAUUGUGAAUGACACACCCGAUAUUUGAGUCCUAUGGUCUACUUUUCUAUACCCACUUACAAAAAAUAUUUCUCUUCUCUGGGUUUAUUUUGGGCAUUCAUCUUUCUGUGACUUUCAAAUAGAACUGAAAGUUAAGUAUAACGUUUAAGUAUUUCAGAGCAAGUAAAUAAUAUCAAGAUGUUAAAAAUAUCUAUUCACAAAUUGAGAUCCUCAUUUUUGAAGAGGUUUAGAUAAUAAGUAUUGUUUAAAAAUUACAACAGCAUGUAAAGUUAAUUUUGAUAAUAUAAUAUUAAAUGGAGAUAAAAAAAAAACAAAUGCUUUAUUUUCAGUUAAUUCAUUUUAUUUUGAAAUAAAAAUUACAUUACACUAUGUUUGGACAUCACAAUAGGAAUACAUUGAUGGUAUAAAACUUAAAAUUAAAACAAUAUCUACAAUCUCAUAAACCACAUGAUUGUCGUUAAAAAGCUGUGUAUAUGGAAUGUACAUAAUAUCAACGUAUAUUUUUAUAUAACACUAUUUACUAGAUAAAACGAACAACACAAACAAAUGGGUUAUUUAAAGCCAAUGGUGAUGUAGUCAAUGAAAAAGAUUAAGAUUAUUUUCAAUGUUUUUCAAAUACUUUUUAAUUUUAUACUUUUUCAUUUAAAUUGAAAUAAACUUGAGGAUUAAAAGGAACUUAGAUAGUAGCAAUAUAUUUUUUUUGUCAAAAUAUUUUCAACCGUUUAAUUGUCAUGUUGUUAAAAUUAGUUUCAAAUUAUUAAAAAGGGACUUGUUAGGUAGAUUUCAUGCUAAUGUUCUUGAUACUAAAAUCGACAAAAUUAGUAAAAAAAAUAUAUACAAUUUUAGCCACUAUUUCGGUAAGGGGUUUUACACAUAGUAAAUAGUGUUAUAAAAAUAAAAAUACAUAUUUCCCUAUUAUUUCAAUCAUAAUGGCACUUCGGACCCAAAGUUAAAUCCUAUCUUAGUAAACGGAUGGUUGCACAUUUUCUUUUUAACGUAUUUUAUUAUAAGCAUCAUUUAUAUUAAGCCACCGAUAUUAUAUUAUACUUAAUUAUAUUAAUAAUAAUUACGGAAUAAUACAGCGUCAAUUUUUAUAUUCAGUCAGUUUCGCUUAAGACAAAAGUAUAUAGAUACGAACCUUAGUGAAGGAUUAUAAGAACAGCGUAUUUCUGCAUAGAACGAAGAGCAGCUAUAGAUUUAACUCAAAGCUGGCUUUUGUGGAAACCAUGUUUACAGCAAGUCAACCCACCCGAUCCGUCAAAUUAUAUCAAUCAAACAUUAACCUUUGGCUAUUGUGAUAAGGUAGAAAAUUUAUUGAAGAAAUUUGACAGAUGACAGAUGAGGUAGGUUGGUGUGCUGUCUAUACCUUUUCAUGUUUAUCUCAAACAAAAAAUAUUGCUUUUUCUUUCCACACAUUUCAUGUCUCAGUGCAUUACUUUUUGUACAGAAUUAGCAACGUAACUUUAAGAUGGAAACGUUUAUAAGUGUGAAAGUUAUAGAUUAAACAAGGAAAAUUAAGAAAACCGUGCAACCAAUAAUUAUUUAAUUAUGUUCACUAAUAAUUGAUGUCUAGUGCACCCUUUUAUCAAAGGUAAGCGUUUCUAACAAACUAUUAACAGCUUUUUUCUGUGAUUUACGUACUACAUAACAAUUAUCUAUAUACAAGUUAAAAUCUCAUUUAUAUCACAUCAUUCAUUCAAAAAUAUUUCUUAAAAUUACUGAAGUAUGGUCACAUUCCGUUUUAUUGGCGUACAGUAUACCGAAUUAAUUAAUUCUUUAGGUACCGAGUAUUAGGUUAGGAUGAAGUAUUUUUACUAUUGUCUAUUUUAUUUCUCAUCCCUAAAACUUUUUAUAUUAAAGAAAAUUAGUUCGUGAUACUGUACACUAACAAGUAUAUUUGAUUGAUUACAUAUUUGGUUAUCUCACACUAUUCUACUAAGAAGCACAGCAACCAAAAAAGUACAGUCAACUACAUAAUUCAAUAACCACUAGGUUUUUUUUUCAAAUUGCCAUCAAUUUUAUGCGGCUGACUGUACCUUUGGUUCCAAAAUUUCAUUUUUAUUAAAACUUUACUAACAAAAAUAAGUAUUAAUUUCUGUAUCACACAUACAUUUUGAAUACACAUUAUGCUUGUGUAUUUUUCUAUUAGAGGUAGGAAUAAACAAGUUUUUUUUUUUCACCUUUUUUGCUAUUUUCUGAGAUCUCACACAAACAAACGUAUAUUUUAAUGAUUUCUUUGUUAUUUUAUAUGUCCAGUUUAGUUUGUAAAAUGCUUGUCUAAUACUACCGGAUUGGUGAUAACUGAUGAUCUUACAAGCCCAAUGGUUACGACGUUAGUUCAAUAAAUUAGUUUAGGCCUCUUAACUUAAAUACUACGUAAUUGCUUUAUUGUA